AAGAUUGAGGAGAACGAGGGGACACAUGAGAGAGAACGAGAGAGAGAGUAAGAGCGAGAGGCCGAUGAGGACCUUUAAGUAUGUCUUAACUCGGCCAAGUCAGUUGGCAUCUCGCCGCCCCGAGCAAAAUGACGCUUUCAUUUUCGAGCGUUUCGUUUGCCACAGCGAUCUCGCGACCGAGCAUCACGAUCGACGCGUCGUAACGACCAGGACGACGUCGUCCUCGUCGUGUCUUUAAAUCGCCUGGGGGGGAAGAAAGAACUGUGAACUUGAGGGUUACGUCGUGCAUGUGCGCUCAUUACGCGAAACUCAACGGUGUGUAUGUACGCGUACGUAUUCUUCCUCUUUCUCUCUCUCUCCCUCUCUCGCGAGCAGGAUCGGGAACGUCAGGGAGUCUGGAGAGGAAAGAAGAACUCUCGGCAAGUUGAGAAUGUGAGCGGAAAUGGACCCACUCGAGGUCUCAGGUGAGAUUUAAAGCGGAGCAUCGCCGCACGAUCCGAGACGGGAUGCCCGCGUUGCGAAAGCAGCCGGCGAUAUAAAUACGCGGAGGAGAGGCGUUAAAAAAUUAAAGAGCCCGCCUUCGCGCGACAGAGGGCGGAGGACUUGGCAAUGAAAUCGUAUUGAUUGUCAUGUCGGCGUGAGGAAGAGGAAAAAGGCGCGCCGAGAGCGAGGAAAAAUGUUAGGUGUGGACGCGGAGCAGCACGGCGCGAACAACAGCGUGAUAGUGUCGCAGCUCGCGAAUUCGCACGCGCCGCAGGACUUCACGGUCUCGCGCCUCUUGUCCACGCCGACGCACUCCUUGGAUUGUAACGAGGCUACCUCCGCUGCUGGAAACAGAAGACCCAGGAGAAGCAGAACGACCUUCUCGGCGCAACAGUUGGCCGCGUUGGAGAGGGUAUUCGAGAAGACGCAUUAUCCUGACGCCUUCGUUCGCGAGGAGCUUGCGACCAGGGUGUCCUUAACGGAGGCCAGAGUGCAGGUGUGGUUCCAGAACAGGCGGGCGAAGUUCCGGCGGAACGAGAGGAGUUCGGCCCUGAGUCGCGGCGUCUCCGCCGGCAGAGAGAUGGAGACCGCGUUGCCGUUGCGGCCCAUCAGGCUGUCGCAGCACGCGGAAGCGAGCGCGCCGGAGCAGACGUCUCAGCAGCCACCUUCGCAGCCUCCACCGCCGCCGUCGGCGCCGGGGACGACCGCCGGCCUGACGUCGCAGUACCCUUACGGCGACUACUGGCGAGCGGCGGCGGCGGCGACGACGCAGCACUACGCGGUGCAGAGCGCGACCACCGGCUGCCACGGCUUCGCCAACGGCGGCCUGGCGAACGUGAGUCUGCCGCCACCGUACCACCAUCAUCAUCAUCAUCAGGCUGAUCACCACAUCCACGGCUCGCCGCUCGACGGACCCACCGUGAACGGCCUGAACGCCCUGAGACUACGCGCCCACCCUUACGGCGCGACCUACCCGCCGAUGCACGCGAGCAUGUGAUGCCCCGUUGCUCAGGUCGAGGAUCCUCGCCCGGGAGAAGAGAACUCGGUUCCCGCGGCUAAACGGCGACCGGACGAAAGCUCGGCGACGAGGAAUGACAUCUUCCUCACCGCGAUCGAGAACAUUCGUGUGAACGUUCAGCAUCGAUCGUUUCAGUCAUCGCGGAAAUCCGGCCGCUUAAGGACUCGUUCGGAGUCACUCAAUUAUUCCGCAGAUUUCUAUUGUGUUUUUCUAGGUAAUAACUGAACGAUUCCAAUCGUUUCCGAACGAAGUCCCAGUGCAAUGCCGCUAGUUCAGCUAGAGUGAACAGGCCUGUGGAACGCGAGCAGUGCGACACUCGAAUAGUUGACUCGGUCGGGACAGUUGAGAAUGACUGGACCGAGUAGGAACCUCCUGCAGGAGUCUCUGUUCCUACGACCGAGCUUUCGUCCGGUCGCCAGGCAACGGGAAAUUCAGUCGCCACCAACGGAGUUGUUUUCUCCGCGCGACGCGAUCGAGAACGUUGAGACCGUCGUGGAAAUCCGAGGCUCGGCGGGAGCCACGUUGCUCCGAACGAGUUUUGGCCCGCGCAUUGUCCUGCUGAGGUAUUUUAUGAACGUUUUUUUUUUCGCCCAUCGAAACCAAAGAGAAGUUUGUGCGGUUGCGAAUUCGCGCGUGGAUCCCGCCGAGGAUCCGAGUCGAUCGACAAUGGCGGGACACGCAGGGUGCGCGAUCGAACAACGGACUGUCGCUGUUGUUGUGAACGUGAAACACAAACGGCCAAACGUCGAUCGUACGUGCCUUAAUGGGUGAGCAUUAUUAUUAGGUUGAAAUUGUAAGUUCUGAACGCACACAGGGUAACGAAUAAGUAAUUCGUAGCGCUUUCCUCCUCGCCAAUCCGACAGGGCGGCGGCGCCUUGAGUCACGAGAGAAAGUAUAUAUCCGAACAUCGUUAUUAAUUAAGUUAACGCAGUUAAUACAGAGAAAACGUUAUUCUACGAAGUUGCGGCCUUACACACAUACAAACAGGUAUACAUGUAGUAUGUAUAGAUUAUAGACGGUAAUAGAUGAAAAGAUAGUACCGUGCAAUAUAUAUAUUAUAAAAACACCGAAGUGUCGGAAAACGUUCACGAGGAUGUCUUCUCAUCUCUCUCGCGAUAUAUGUAAUAAGAAAAGUACAACGUACAGAUAUACGUAACAAAUACUUGUAUAUAGAUAUAUGUACACAUAUCGAAAUAUUGGCACAGGAUUAGAAUAUAGUCAGCUUGCGUACA